AUGGGCAAGGACUACCACAAAAGAGUUUGGGACCUUGAGUCCCGACUCACCUCCAUCAGAGAGGACUCCGAUACUUGUUCAUCCAGCAACCUGAACGAUCAGUUUCUAGCUCAAAGAAACCUUGCUCGCGCCACUGGGCGUGCCAUGUCGACCUUGAAGGCCCUCAUUCAACAUUUGGGCAGCUCUCAACCUUCGCCAAUGACCGACUCAGUCCUUGAAGACAUGAAGUCAGCCUGGUUCAACGUGUAUUCCUGCGGUGAGGCUUGCUGCAGCUGUGCCCGAGAGCAUCGAGACUCGUUACUCUCCCAUGGAGACGACUUAAGAAAGUGGUCAAAGGAAGCGAAACUCGUCGAAGCAGAGCUACAUCUGAGUCUUCGCACAGUCCAGAGUGACGUCGCAUCCGAGACGACAUCUCUUCAGCGGUAUCACGAAGAGAUGGAAGUCGCCAAGAAUGCCGUAGACGAGACUAGCAGAGACAACAUGGAGGUGAAGCGCAAGUGCUUUGAGGUCCACGAGUGGACAGCAACUUUCCCAACUGCCUGGGAUUUCGAACAGAAGCUCCAGAUUGCCCUGCAAGCCCGUGGAAGAAGCCUCAAACAAGCCGAAGCGAACCUCGAGAAGAGUAGGACGCGAGUAAACAAGGCCGAGACCAAACUAGACGGCCACAAGACACGCGUCGAGACGCUCAGCACCCUGGCUCAGAAGGUGGCCGGGAUCCAGGCCAAGGGACAUGCCCUUUCACGCCGCUACAGAGCAAUUGCCCAAGACGCCGUGGAUACUUUGAGUACAAUGAAGUCCCUCAAGGCGGCAUACAGAGAGGCCGUUGAUCUCGCCAACAUGAUGAACAGUGGAAUGUUCAAGCUGGAGAGUGUCAAGUACCUCCUGGGAAUUAUCGAUGCGGCACUAGACGACAGCACCCUUGUGGACGAACUCACCGAUAUGAUCCACUACAUGGAGUACCGUUACGAUCCUUCGGGCAGAAUCCACGGCAUCGUAACCCCAGAGCAUCCGUACGGCCUUCUCAACGGAGUGCAAAAGAAGCUGCGAAGCCAGCAGCUCCGGAUCGUUUCGCCCCGCAGCUUCGGCAUGUACCCGAUUAAAGACAUGAACACCAAGCCCCUGGCCGCUCUGCAUGUCGAUAUGAUGCGCUCCAUCCUGACCACUCUUGACAGAGACGAGCAUCGGCUUGUACGUGUCAGUCCCUGCAGGGUUGGCCGGGGUGAACUGACCGACAUGCUCCGGUACAAUAUUCGCAUGACGUGGGGGGACACGCUCGAAGGAGACUACUAG